CUCUGCAGCACGCCUUUAACGCUCCGCUCCCCUCUCCGCGUAGUAAAAGCCGACCCGCGUCGCCGCCCCGUCACCAGCAGCUGGACGGAGUCCGCCGGUGGUCCAAGGGCCGUCGCCGAGGCUCCGAAACGAAAGAACGCGGUACCGAAACACCCCCACCCCCCUCGUACCCCCACUCCUCCGCUGGCCGCUGUUGUGCGCGCUUCUGCUGCAGCGUCCGAGUUCAGGUGAGCCUCUAUCGUCGCGGGCACAACAAGUCCUCUCUCCGGUACCGGGGGAUGCUGGCUUCUUCCCGUUAAAAUGGAAUGGUUAUAAAUGGGCCGAGCGGGAUGUGAAGCCUCGCCAGAAGAAGCAGGAGGAUGGCUGAACCGGGAUCGUCUGCGGCGGCGGUGGUGCCGCUGCUCCUGCUGGGCUUCCUCUCAGUGUCCUCCGUUAACGCCGACCCCCUGCUGUCAGCUCCGCUCAAUGUGACCAUCAGAGAGAUUGAGGUAAACUCUGCCAUGGUCACGUGGGAGAUCUUGGAGGGGGACCCCGUCAUUGGAUUCGCCAUCACCCAACAGAAAAAGGAUGUCCGCAUGCUGCGCUUCAUCCAGGAAGUGAACACCACCACGCGCUCCUGUGCUCUGUGGGAUCUGGACGAGGACACGGAGUACAUCGUUCACGUUCAGAGCAUCAGCAUGGGAGGCAGCAGUCCCCCCAGCGAGCCGGUCCUCUUCAGAACGCCCAAGGAGUCGGAGAAGAUGGCGUCCAAGAGCCCAGACGAGGUGACGAUGGAGGAGGUUGGUCAGGCUGCUCAGCUGAGGGCUGGAGAGCUCAUCAUCAUUGUAGUGGUGCUCAUCAUGUGGGCAGGGGUGAUCGUUCUGUUUUGUCGUCAGUACGACAUCAUUAAAGACAACGAGCCCAACAACAACAAGGACAAAGCCAAGAACUCCUCAGAGUGCAGUACUCCAGAGCACCCACGGGGGGGGCUACUGCGCAGCAACGUCUGAGACCAGCCCUGCAUAGCCUUGUGCAAUAACCAACUCCUCGAACCUCAGGACAGACCCUGAGACCAACAGAAAGCCAUUCUCAGACCCCGUCAUACCGAAGGAGCGAUAAACCAUGACAGAGACUCUUCUCUACACAAGGAAGAACUCUGCAAAAACAACGGACACGAGUCUGAACUUUCAGAAUCAAAGGAGGGAAACAGAGGAGGACGAACCUACUUUUACCUUUGUUGUGACCAAAAACUGGACUGUUAGCCUACUUUGAGUGGACAGUCAAUAUAGAGACAUAACACGGCUGUCACUCAAAGCAUAGGAGGGGACAUCAUUUCCUCUUCACAACAACUGCUUGAAUCAUGCAUUCUGGAUACUCUCCAUCAGUGGCAUCGAAUCCCAGGAGCAGAUCAUCAAUCAUGAAUGUCUGAGUAUUUAUUUCUUUUAGUCCACUUCUGGUUUAUAUCACUGGUAAGAGAUGGUAGAACUGUAAGUUGCCUCGCAAGAAUAGCUGGUCUUUCAGGUCCAGGUAUCGGUCGGCACACAACUAAACAAGCUGAGCUCUGUUUUCUAUCCCUCCAUCCGCAUUCCCUCCUUUCUGUCUUUAUUACAGCCCUUUGUGUAGCAGCUCAUCCGUCUCCCUGUCUUUCCGUGUCGGUGUCUCUCUAAUAAGCACAUUGACGUUUGGUGC